AACAUAUAUUAGUUGUUUCAAGUAAAGAUCAUAAAGUAAUUACAAUUCAAGAUUUUCAAGAAGAAACAAAUUUUCAAGAAGAAACAAGUAGUAAAAAAAGAAAAUUAUCAAUUGAUAAAUCAUACGAUUCUGACUUAAAUUCUGAUGAUUCUCAAUAUAUAAGAAAAAUGAAAAAAG